AGGACCACAGAGGACUCCUGCGGCCGCGGUCGCCCGGAGAGAGGCGCGGCGCGGGAGGGCACUGGUGGUCGGCCGCCGGCGGCAGCUGGAGCUCGGCCUCCCGCCGACGCUCCGUUCCAGGCCCCGCGUUGCCGUUCGAGCGUAGCUGGGCCCACCUCACGCGCCUCUCUCUUCCCGGGCCAAGGCUGCACAACCCUGUCUUUAUUUCCUUUUCUCUCCGUGACAAAGAAAAUACCCUGUGGGGGAAUGCGUGGGGGCCCGCGGAUCACCGACGGCCGUCUACUCCCGGUGUCCUAGAGCUUCCCGGAAAUCUUUGUAGUCGCCUCCCGGCCGGGCCCCGCUUCCGGCCGGCCCAUUACUCUCCGCGGUCCGGCCGCUCUGCUCCAGAGCGCGCGUUGCAGGCAUUUGCAUCUGGGACCUGCCUCUGGGCUAGCUGAUCAAAAAGGAGGCAGUAGCAAUGUCUGCUGUGGGGGCUGCAGCUCCAUACCUGCAUCACCCUGGUGACAGUCACAGUGGCCAGGUGAGUUUUCUGGGGGCCCAGCCCCCCCCAGAGGUGGCAGCAAUGCCCCGGCUCUUGGGAGACCUGGACAGGGGCACAUUCAGGAAGUUGCUGAAGCUGGUGGUCAGCAGCCUGCAGGGAGAAGACUGCCGUGAGGCUGUGCAGCGCCUCGGAACUGGUGCACACCUGUCAGAGGAACGGCUGGGGGCCCUGCUUGCUGGCACCCACACGCUGCUCCAACAGGCCCUCCGGCUGCCCCCGGCCAGCCUGAAGCCCGACACCUUCAAGGGCCAGCUCCAGGAGCUCUCCAUCCCCCAAGACCUGGUAACGGACUUGGCCAGUGUGGUAUUUGGGAGCCAGCGGCCUCUCCUUGACUCUGUUGCCAGGCAGCAGGGGGCCUGGCUGCCCCAUGUUGCCUACUUCCGUUGGAGGGUGGAUGUGGCAAUCUCCACCAGUGCCCUGGCCCGCUCCUUGCAGCCAAGCGUCCUCAUGCAGCUGAUGCUUUCAGAUGGGUCAACAUACCGCUUUGAGGUCCCCACAGCCAAGUUCCAGGAGCUUCGGUAUAGCGUGGCCCUGAUGCUGAAGGAGAUGGCCGACCUGGAAAAGAAGUGCGAGCACAAACUACAGGACUGACCCGCGUGCCCGGUUGUUUUGGUCACCUGGGGACAGCUGCUCAGAUAUCUCCAAGGUGAAGCUCACCCUGCCCAGGAGGCACUCUUCAGUGAGAGCGUGGGACUGCAACAUGUCAUUCUCAGUUUGAUGGAAAAAAACAGCA